GAAACAAAACACAUCACUUUUUCUUUCUCUUCGAACCCACGGUCUGCUUUUCACGAAGCAUGUUAUCACUUUGUCCAUUUUUAAUUUUUAUUUUUGUCGUAAGACAAGCUGAGACCAGCAUGAGCACUCUGAACCAGCAGUAUGAUGAGAAGGUCCGUCCCCUCAUCGACCUCAUUGACUCUCUCCGCUCUCUCGGUGUAGAGAAGGACCUGGCGCUGCCUGCUAUCGCCGUGAUUGGAGACCAAAGCUCGGGGAAGAGCUCUGUGUUGGAGGCGCUGUCUGGGGUGGCACUGCCGAGAGGCAGCGGUAUUGUGACAAGAUGUCCACUGGAACUGAAGAUGAUGAGAAAGAAGAAAGGAGAGGCGUGGUAUGGAAAGAUAAGCUACCGCGACUUUGAAGAAAAGAUAAAAGAGCCUGCAGUCGUCGAGAAAAUGAUUCGAGAAGCUCAACUUAAAUUGAUCGGGAAUGAGAUGGGGAUCAGCAGUGAGCUCAUCAGUCUGGAGAUUGCCUCUCCGGAUGUUCCAGACCUUACUCUCAUCGACCUGCCUGGCAUUGCCCGGGUGGCUGUAGAUGGGCAGUCGGCAGACAUUGGUGAUAAGAUUAAAACUAUGAUCCAGACUGUCAUCAGUAAACAAGAAACUAUCAACCUGGUGGUUGUUCCAUGCAACGUGGACAUUGCAACUACAGAGGCUUUGAAUAUGGCUAAGCUGGUGGAUCCUGAUGGAGAGAGGACUUUGGGUGUCUUGACUAAACCUGACCUGGUGGACAAAGGCACAGAAGAGAACGUGGUUAAAAUUGUC